ACAAGGCCUAAACAGGGCUCGGGGCCUGGCUGUGACCGCUCAGGGGGCUGCGGGCAGUAUGAGCUGGGAGAGGCAGCAGCAGCAUGGUGGACAGCCUGGUGGAAGCGGUGUCUGCAUCCCUGGUGAGGGAGUUCCUCAAUGGGAAGAGAUUAAAAAGGUCUUUUGCUGUUUUGGAAGAGGAGCUACCCCGUACCACCCAGAGUAUCUCUAAUCGAAAUGAGCUGCGUCAUGCUUUACAUUUGGAUACUCUGUACAGAGAAAACAAGUUGAAAGGAAAACCUUUUAAAACAUUGCUGGAGAUUAUAACAAGCUAUUUUCUGGAACAGUUUGGAAAAGGACAACCAGCAGGACACACUGUAUACCAAAAUCCAGACAUUGCUAAAAUGUUUAUCAAGGGACGUCAGCCGCGAGAGUCAGAGAGCUCCCAGCUAAACAUAUGUGAUAUUUCAGAUGAUGAAAACGGCAGCAGCACGGCAGUUUCUGACACCAGUAAAACUGAGAUCUACAGGAGAGAAGCUGAUGUGACUGUUUCGAAAAGAGAUCAUAUGAGCAAGAAGUCUGAAAUCCUCAGCAAAAGCAGGAACCUGUCUUCUGAACCGGAGAUAAAGCAUGCAAAAGAAUGUAAAAAGGAGUUGUCAAAAAUGUCUGAGCCCACUUUGGAGGAAACAAAUUCGACAUCAGAAGCUCUGAGACCGAAAUCAAGCAGAAUAAUGCGAGGAAUGAUGUCUGGACCAAUUGCCAGCUCUCAAGAGGAAUCUUUAAAGAAAAAAGGGCGACUGAGGUCUGCAUCAGUUACUACCUCAAUUCAAACCAAAAAUGAUGUACAAGUGUCCGAUCUGUUUGGGAGGACCGUGGAACCCAGCAUCGGUUCUGCAAACACAGCUCUGCAGCUUGGGAAAGCGUUCACAACCAAGGUGCUUUUAACAUCAGUAACUCCUCCGAGUACCAGCACAGUGAGUGACACGCCGGUCAGUUCCAAGAACCCAUUUUCUAAGCAGGAAAGACAGUGUAACGGUGAGAUCCGGACAGAACACAGACUGGGUACUUUUGGGAAUGAUGACUUUAAAACCCCACCCAACGCAAACAGUGAUAGGCAGCCGCAAUUUACAAAAAAGAAGGAAAAUGACAAGAUUUCACACAGGAAGAUGGUGAUGUCCUCUACUAAUGAAGUAGCUGAUCAGAAAGAUGCCAUGAAGCUGGAUGACGUUGAGGAUGAGUUGGUCAGUGAGGUCAUGACUACAGUCCCAAUGUUCCCCAGGAGUAAGAUCCAGCUGGAAGGAAAGCCAGUUGACCUGCCUCUAGCAGUGGGAGUAAAAAAAAUCCUUUUUGGCUCCACCCUUUGUUGUUUCAGCGAAGAAUGGAAAAUGCAAAGUUUUACAUUUAGUAACAAAAGUCAAGUAAAGUACGGCUUUGUGCAAAAGAAGGGCGGCCCGUGUGGAGUUUUGGCUGCUGUGCAAGCCUGCAUGUUAAAAAACCUGCUUUUCGUAAUAGAUGCUGAAUCAAGGACCCUGCAGCCAUCAGACACACAGAGGACACACUGCCUGUGCCAGGCUAUUGCGGAUAUUUUAUGGCGUGCUGGAGACAGUAAGGAAGCCAUUGUUGCACUAUCAUCUGGAAGGCAACAGUUUAGUCCAGCUGGAAGAUAUAAAGCAGAUGGAAUAUUAGAAAAUCUCAUGUUGUAUAGCCACCGAAAAUAUGAAGAUCUUAUGAACUUUCUUCUGCAAAAUAUUGGCCAGUUUGAAUUUGGUCCAUUUGGCUGCAUUCUUCUUACCGUGUCAGUGGUUCUUUCUAGGUCGGUUGAGCUGGUUCUACAAGAUUUUGAUGUACCUACAAACAACUUAAUUGGUGCCCAUGCAUACUGCACACAAGAACUUGUAAACCUUAUUCUUGGAGGUCGAGCAGUGUCCAAUGUGUUCAAUGAUGUGAUGGAACUCGAUUCUGGCAAUGGAAAUUUAACACUCUUAAAAGGAAUUGCUCAUCGUAGUGAGAUUGGCUUCCUCUCUCUCUUCGAACACUAUAAUGUCUGCCAGGUUGGGUCAUAUCUGAAGACCCCUAAGUAUCCAAUUUGGGUGGUGUGCAGUGAAAGCCACUUCAGUGUCCUAUUUUGCUUGCGAAAGGAAUUAAUGAAUGACUGGAAAAUUGAAAGAAGAUUUGAUGUUUACUAUUACGAUGGGCUUGCAAACCAACAGGAAGAAAUACGCCUUACAGUUGACACAGCCGAAGCUUACAUUCAAGACACGGAGAAUGACUUGACACCUCCUAUAGAAUACUGUAUACGAACAAAAUGGAAAGGAGCUACCAUCGACUGGAAUGGAACUGAGCCCAUCCUUUAAAAUACUGCAGCAAAUCAAAGCGUAAUGAAUUGAAUGAUUUUAAUGUGAACACUCAAUUAUGAAGGUUUUUGAGGACAUUUACUGCGCGAGGAACAAGAGUUCACAUGACGAUCCCUUGGAGGGCUUGCAGUCAUGUUAUGUCUGUGUUUAUUAUGUAAAUGAACGCUUUGUGAUCAAACCAUUUUAUGUUAUUUGUUCAAAAAUGAGCUUUAAAGGGAAAUAUGCCUGAUAAACAUGUUUAGCCUGUAUUAUCUCAUUUCUUAUAUGUCCUAUCGACGCUCAAAUUAAAGCCCACAUGUUAUCAAUAAAAUAGCCUUAAAGUGGC